AUGGCCGACAAGACGUUCAAGCUUAACAAUGGCGCCGACAUCCCAGCCUUUGGCCUAGGAACCUGGCAGGGCGAGCCUGGAAAAGUCAGGACUGCCGUCUCCCACGCCCUCAAGAAUGGCUACAGACUCAUAGACUGCGCCUACUGCUACGGAAACGAGGAGGAGGUGGGACAGGGUCUUGUCGAUGCGUUUACAUCAGGCGUCAAGCGUGAGGACGUCUUCGUCAUGACCAAGGUCUGGGCCACGUACAACUCCCGCGUCGAGCUAGGGCUGGACAAGAGCCUCAAAGCUCUGGGGCUGGACUAUGUCGACUUGUUCCUCGUCCACUGGCCUCUGUUGUUAAACCCGGAGGGCAACGACGAUCGUUUCCCCAAGCUACCCGAUGGUUCGCGCGACAUUGUUCACGGAUGGGAUCACCGUGAAGCAUGGAAACAGAUGGAGGCUCUGGUUGCCACGGGAAAGGUCAGGGGAAUCGGUGUCUGCAACUACAGCCAAAAGUACCUCGAGGAACUCCUCCCUGUCGCCAAGGUCGUCCCAGCCAUCAACCAGAUCGAGAACCACCCGGCCCUCCCCCAGACCGAAAUCGUCGAUACCUGCAAGGCCAAUGGCAUCCACAUUGUCGCUUACAGUCCACUCGGAAGCACAGGGAGCCCGCUGCAAACGGCUGAGCCCGUGGUCAAGGUGGCCGAGAAGAAGGGUGCUACUCCCGUACAGAUUUUACUGAGCUAUCACGUUUCUCGUGGUCAGACUGUGCUUGCCAAGUCUGUCAACCCCGACCGCAUCAUUGCCAACAAGGACAUCAUCGACCUCGAUACCUCGGACCUCAAUGUGCUGGAUGACUACUCGAAUGAUCUGGCGAGGAAGAAGGAGUUGAAGCGUUACGUGUAUCCUCCGUUUGGCAUCAACUUUGGAUUCCCGGAUAAGCAGUAG